AGCGCGGCGAGCUCCCGCCUCGCGCCGGGGUUGGGGGUCACGCGCGCCGCCGCCGCGGGCCUCCGGGCGCCCAUGGAGGGCUGGGGGGCGGAGGAGGAGGCGGCGGCCGGCGGGCCGCUGCAGCAGCUGGUGAAGCGGCAGCGCAAGGAGAAGCGGGAGCUGCAGGCAAAAAUUCAAGGCAUGAAAAAUGCUGUUCCCAAGAAUGAUAAAAAGAGACGAAAACAGCUGGCUGAUGAAGUUGCCAAACUAGAGGCAGAACUUGAACAGAAGCAUAAGGGGGAAUUAAAGCAGCUAAAGGAAGUGUCACCUGAGCAGAAUAAGACAGAUUCUAUAGCUGAUGGUGUUGCAAAUUUAGAGCUUGAAGGAGUAGAGCAACAGGUUCAGCAUCCUCGAAUAUCAAAAGCACAGAAGAGGCGGGAAAAAAAAGCUGCCUUGGAGAAAGAAAGAGAAGAAAGGAUAGCUGAAGCCGAGAUAGAAAAUUUAACGGGUGCUAGACAUCUUGAAAGUCAGAAACUUGCCUCCCUAUUGGCAGCAAGGCACUUAGAAAUCAAACAGAUCCCUUCAGAUGGCCAUUGCAUGUACAGAGCUAUUGAAGAUCAGCUCAAGGAUCACCAGAAUUCCUGGACUGUUGCAACUCUGAGGAGCCAAACAGCAAAGUAUAUGCAAAGUCACUUUGAUGACUUCCUGCCAUUUCUUACAAACCCUAGUACUGGAGACAUGUAUAGCAGAGAGGAAUUUGAAAAGUACUGUGAUGAUAUAGCAAAUACAGCUGCAUGGGGUGGUCAGCUGGAGCUAAGGGCUUUGUCUCACAUUUUGCAAACACCUAUUGAAGUAGUGCAGAUGGAUUCCCCUCCCAUUAUUGUUGGUGAAGAAUAUUCGGGCAAACCAAUAAUACUUGUGUAUAUGAGACAUGCCUAUGGAUUAGGAGAACAUUACAAUUCUGUAAAACUUCUAACAGAUGCUGCCACGGAAAAUGGCAGCUAGCAUACAAAAGUCAUAAAUCCACAUGGAUAAUAGCUGUGUCUUGAUGUGUUGGGCACCAGACAAUUUCCAGACAGACUGGAAAGUUAUGCUUUUUUUUCAUUUUUAAUCCUUUCAAUUUAGUUUAAAAGUUUUCACUAUAAAUCCAAAACAGCUCUUAAUUUAAAACAAAACCAAAUCAAAUCAAAACUACACAACAGUAUUUUGAACUUGUUGGCAUUAAGCAUGUUUAGAAGAUCUUCUCUAAAAAGGUGGCUAUGUUGGUCAGACUUUUUUUUUCCCCCAAUAGACCUUCAUCCCAUGCUGCAGUGAAGAUAGAGUAGUAAAUAUUUUGGUUAAUCAGCAUUUCUGCUGAAGAAUUAGUUACGUGAAGGUUCCUGUUACAUCAUUUUGGGCAGAUUUUGAUGCUCACGGAAGAGUUAAGGUAUUUAAAAUGAUUGUUUAUUUUGAUUGAUGGAAUAUCCUCUGCAGUGUUUCUUUAGUUCUGUCAGGAUCUAGCUUUAAUGCUCUAGGAGGGAUCCCUUUCUUCAUUUGGGUAGAGAAGAGCUGGAGACAAAUCCCGUAGUAGAAUAUCUUGAUACCUUGCUCGGCUGAAGGAAUCACAGUGUUUUAUUUUUAAAGACUUUCAUCUAAGAUUUUUAGCAAGGUUUGAGGACUUUUUUUUUUUUCUUUUCCAUUUGACAGCAGGAACUGAAUCUUGAUGCUCUUUCUAUACUGAAUUUGUAGGAAGAACGUUGUUGUUUAUACAUCAUAACGUUGAUGCAAGUUAACGGUGCUGUUCAUCCUUCAUGAUCUUUCAUUUGUGCAUUUUGAUGAUACAGAAAUCUUACAAACUAAAAGCCCUUCAAUGUCCUCACUUCAGGUAGUGAAACUCAACACAUCAUUUAUGGAUCUGCUGAUCUAAGCACUUUGUGAUCAAAGAUGUGGUAUUUUAUAAUGCUUAAAACAACUGGUUGCAUUCAAGUGUAAAAAUAACCACCUUGGGUUUUGUCAGGAACUUAAUUUUUCUGCAGAUCACCUUUAAACUGAAAUAUUCAUUGCUUCUAAUGAUGCACAGAGACCUGACAGGUGUGGCUUUUUUUAAUAUGGCUUGACUUUUUACAUUAGAAACAUAGAUUUUUGUCUUUUAAGUCACUGUAAAUGUGACUCCAAAAUUAGAAGUAUACUGAAACCAAAGUUCUAAUGCAAUUGUUUUUUAACAAUAGAAGUGAUUUUUAAAUUAAUUUAUUUUUUUUAAGCCUUAGUCAAUAACAUGACCAUUGUCUGUAUUAUAGUUUUGAUGAGUCGGAAAAAAGUGAUUCAUGUCGAGUUUCAACACCUUUGCUCUGAUUUGAGGAUUAUAAGCUAGUAACAGUGCGUAUCUUGUAGUCCUUCAGUAAAGUUAGCCAGCAGAUUGAUGUUCCUGGGUCUUAUAAAUUAGAAAGAACAAUCUGCUCUUACUUGAGGAGGAGAUAAGUGUUCACUUUAUGGAUCAGAUUGUCUGCUUUAAAGCACUUUGAGAGAGAGGGAGAGGAAAAAAUCAGACAAUUAUAGCAAGGGGUUUUGGAGAAGCAGAACUUGAAUUGUGACUUGUUUAGACUGGUUCCUGCCAGGAAAACAAGUAUUAACUAGAUUGGGAGGUUUUAUGUCCUUAUUUACCUGAUACAGUAUAGCAAAUAUAGCUGUAUUUAUAGCAGCUGCUUUACUGUACAAUUUAGUUUGCUACCUUGAUGUAUAAAAUGAUGUUUCUAAUUUUAAACAAAAAAUUGGUUACAGCAGUAUGGAAAAAAUAUUCCUAUUCAUAAUACCACUAUAAAUUUCACUAAAAAUAGCAAUCAGGAAUACUCUUCUGUGUUUUGCUUGGAACCGAUGUGAUUUUAAAUGCAUAUGCUGCAUUUUUUUAGAUACCCCAUGAAAAAAGUUCUUUGUUUUAUUUGGUUUUCAUUCAAUUAACUGCCAGAGAAAAGAUGCCAGAGCCGUGGAAUGCCUGUACCAACAGUUUGUCCUGUUGAAGAUGUUUACAAUUUGUAUAAAGCGAAAUAAUGUUUUAAUAUAGUGAGUGAAAGAUCUUUGCUCUUGCUGUAUGGGACUGGCCAAAAAGUAAUAAAUCAGUUUGUGGCA